AUGUCGUGGUUCCGGUGGUUGUAUACUCAGAAUCUUCUCACCCUGGCUGUUACUACUACUGGUGACAAACUUGUUAUCUCUCAUGAUGACAUUGUUCACCCUAAGUAUGGCCAACUUGCUACCAGAGACCUGAGAAAUCUUUACUUGCUGUGUCUCGAAAUUGUCAGCCCCUCGACUGUCUCGCGGGCUAACCACUCUGCCUACUCGGCCACUGCUCCUGUUUCUGCCUCUGCUCUUGUCCAUGCUCGCCUUGGCCACCCUUCUCCGACUGUCGUUCGUCUGGCCUUGAAAUAUCCGAACAUGCCUCGCACGGCUGUUCACGACUCGAUUUCAUGUGAAGCAUGUCUUAGCUCCAAGAGCACUCGGGUGAUUCCCAAAACGACCACCGGCCCAGUCACAUUUGCUCCCUUGCAACUUCUUCACUGUGAUUUGUCCGGUCCUCAUGCCGGUGGUCCCUCCUCGUUGUUUUAUUUUUGUAUUCUACUUGACGACUUUACUCGCUUCAAAGCUGUUGGCCCUAUCCUCAAGAAAUCGGAUGCUGCGGACUUCAUUAUCAAAGUUAUUAAGGCAUGGACAAACCACUUCUCCAGUCGUGGUGGCUACCGUGUCUGUAACUUUCGUUCUGACAAUGGAGGUGAGUUCGUCAAUCUGACGCUUACUUCUUUCUUUGCGGCAGAAGGUAGCCAGACCCAGCUCACUGUGCCUGGUAACUCACAUCAAAAUGGACGUGCUGAAAGAGCGAUUCGCUCCGUUCUUGAUAAAACGCGUACCAUGAUUACUGCGAGCUCUCUUCCUUCGCCCCUCUACCCGCAUGCACUCCAACAUGCUGCAUUUCUCCUAAACCGGCUACCAACACCUGUUCUCCAAAAUCGCCCGCCAUUUGAACUCUGGCAUGGCGCGAGGCCUAUCUUAUCUCAACUUAAAGUGUUUGGGUGUGCUGCCUUUGUGAAUGUUCCACCUAAUCACCGUCAACUGAAGUUGGUCGCUCGUGCAAUCAAGGGUGUUUAUCUUGGAUCUGAUCCGUUUCGGAAAGCUCAUCUUGUUUAUGAUCUCGCUACCAGACAAGUGAUUACCUCUUCUCAUGUUCGGUUCCAGGAAAAUGUCUUUCUUUUUGCAAGACCUCUGACGUCUACUGUCGUGUCGGCUACCUCCAUUGGUGGUGGUGGUAGUGGUGGUGGAAGUUUUCCUUCUAUUCUGGCACCCGCUCCAGGCCUCACUCAGGGUCCUCGUGUGUCUCUGCCCCCAUCUCCCUCGCCUCCAUCCACGCCAUCUGACAGUACUGUUGCUCAAUCGCCAGGUUCAUCUGCCGCUCUGUCGUCUGCUUCGGCACCGGUCUCUCCUGCUGCAUCUACUACUCCUCUGUCGCAGCCUCCGUCGACUCCUACACCGGUGCCUUCUCCUAUUCUGGUACCUUCUCCUACUCCGGCGCCUACUUCUGCUCCGGUACCUUCUGAUACUCUGGUACCUUCUACUUCUGCGGCCCUAACCGCACCAUCCCGUGCCGUUGUUCUGGCUCAGAGGUCCGAUCUGCCUCCCUCUGAUUCCUACGAGCUGUCCGACGACUCCUAUACAGCUCCUGCUUCUCGUGAGGUACCAACUCUCACUGCUUCUCGUGAGGUACCAACUCUUACUGCUCCUCGUAAGGUACCCUCCCUUCCUUCAACUCGUAAGGUGCCAUCUCUUCCAGCACCUCGUACGGUACCUUCACUUCCAGCACCUCGUACAGUACCCUCCCUUCUUCCUGUUCCUCGCAAUAGACUAUCUGCUCCUACUGCUCCUCUCGGUCUUCCUCAUCCUGCGGUUGAGGCUCCACCCACUAUCCCUGGAUCUUCAUCGGCCAUACCCAUGGAAAUAGACUCUACGUAUACUGAGCCUGAGUCUAUGUCUGAAGAUGGCUAUGGCAUGGAGGUGGUCUCUGAUCAGGAAUUCUUCGAUGCUCCUGAGCAAUACGGUACUCAUCCCCGUUCGUCACCUUUGAUCUCCACGCGCUCCUCUAUGGAUGUUCUGCUGGAUCAGGAAGAAUACCCAGAUCCGUCAACCUAUAUGGACAUCGUGGUGAUGGAUUCGGAUGAUUUUUCUUCUUAUCACGACUCGGAAAUGGAGGAUGCCUCCGACAUGGAUCCCCUUCCGCUUAUUCGUCCUACUUCUAAUAUGGAAAUGGAGGACGCCUCCGACACGGUGUCCUCCACUCCUCACCUCCUCCUCUACCCCUGUCUCAGACAUUUCAUCGUUCAUAGCUUCUAUCCAUGUCCCAGUAUCUUGGCUUCCGACAGCUUCGCUAUAGCUAUUGGGAGUCUUGGGGCUACCUAA